AUGGACGACUUCGACAGGGACUCCAACGCCAGUUCUGAGGAACAAGAAGACGAGUUGAUGCCCGAUGCGGAAGAGCCAGAACCAGAAGACAACGACCAGCAAGAAGACGAGGACGACAAUGACGGCGACGACGACGACGACGGCGAUAAUGACGAUGAAGACGAGAACGAAACCCAGGAUCAGCACAACAACAGCAGUCAUGAUGCAAACAACGACGCAUCGACAUCGCAACCAAUCUUGACGCGGACAUCAGCGACACCUGCACCGCCUGCGACGCCGCGAUGGCUGCCAUCCGUACGGCCCGAGUAUCUCAAUGCGAACACUUACGAUAUCGUGCCCACCAUGGCUGCGCCAAUGGCCACAAGCAUCAACGCGGUAUCGAUCACCCCCGAUCUGCGCUACUGGAUGACAGGCGGCUCGGACGGCUAUAUAAGAAAGUACCACGGCCCGGACACCAUCAACGGGAAGCAGCUCCUGACCGUGGCGCAAAGACACCCUUUUGUAGAAUCUGUCACCAAAGCUGGCGUUCUCUUGUCAUAUUGGGAAAAUGCCGAGCCACACUCUCCGCCCCAGAGAACCGAGGAUCUCGUCUUGAGCCCGGUGUAUUCGCUCGCUGUGCAUUCGCAGGCCCUGUGGCUGCUUUCCGGCCUCGAGAGUGGUGGCAUCAAUUUGCAGAGCGUCCGGCAUGACGAGGGCAAGAGAAUCACGUGCUUGCAAAAGCAUACCAAUGCUGUAAGCGUCCUGAAUCUCUCAGCGGACGAGAAAAGCGUCUUGAGCGGAAGUUGGGACAAGAACAUAUUCGACUGGGAUCUGAACACGGGGGACGUCAGGCGCCAAUUCGAUGGCAGUGGCGGCCAGAUCUCCGCUUUAGAGACGAGGCCAAUGAGUGGAAUGCCAAUUCCACCCGAGGCUGCCGAAGAAGAUCUUCUUGGUGAUACAUUCUUCUCCAACAAUGCCGCCCCUGCUGCUGGUGGGGACUUUGACUUUUCGCUCGAUGGCGUAAACGGUGGCAUCAACGGAGAUAUCGACCGAGCUGCCGACAACAACUUUGGGGACGAUAACAAUGCCUCGAACAGCGGCGGUGAUGGUGACGGCUUGGAUGCGCAAGGCAGUCCUGCUCAUGAUAGCCUUUUUGGUGGCAGCCCUGGAGCUGGUGACGAUCUCUUUGGCGAUAAUUUUGGCGGAGAUGACGACAACGAGUUCUCACGAGCUAUGGCGCAAGACUCUGCCCAGGAUCCAAACACGGAACCACCAGCCGCUGAAACCACUCUGCCAGAUUUCGACAUGUCAGUGCCAAAUGUGGACGGGCCAUCCAACGAUGCCCCGAAUGACUCAACUACAAAUGGUGAUUUCGCCACUAACGAGACAAUGACUGUUGGUGAUGCUCUUGUUGAGAACAGCUUUGACGCGACGCAGCCAUCAGAGCAGGCCACCGAGUUCACCGAGCAAGAUGCUACACAACAAGGCGCACCCCAAUCUCCUUCGGUCUUUUUCGACUCGGCUCCUGCCCCUGAAUCUCCGUCCGCGGUUUUUGCAGAACCACCGCCGACGCACUACGAUACGUCUCAAACCUCCGAUUCCACCUUUUUAUCGGCGUCCAUAGAUGGUCCCAUAAAAAUAUGGGAUCGGCGGGUUCCCAGCCCAGUGGCACGCAUUGGCAAUCGCAUUGGUGUACCGCCAUGGUGCAUGGGUGCUUGCUGGUCGCCCGAUGGGAACUGGAUCUAUGUUGGUCGACGAAAUGGCACAGUCGAGGAGUUCAGCGUGGAGAAGGCUCGUGGCGGUCACAAAGGAUGGCAGCCAGAACGCACAUUCAAAUUUCCCAAUGGUAGUGGCGCCGUCAGCUGCGUGCGACCUAUGCCAAACGGCCGUCAUCUUAUAUGUGCUUCGCAUGACAUUCUCCGGCUGUACGACCUGAGAUCUGAUGAGAAAACCUCCAAACAUUCGCCACCUCCCUUCUUGAUCGUUCCUGGACCCCCUAGAGCAGGUGUUAUAUCUAGUCUAUAUAUCGAUGCCACCAGUCGGUAUAUGAUAUCGACUGCUGGAACGCGUGGUUGGGAAGGGACGUCCACAGAGGUCAUGAUCGGUUACGAGAUUGGCGUUCCUCAGUAA